UUACAGAUACAGCAAAUGGCAGAAAAACUAUCGCAAACUAUCGAAUUUACAUCACGUCUUAUGAAAUAUGCAGCUCCCGUUGAAGUGAUGGUUUUCAAACAGCUUUUGCAUACUCGACUACAGGUGUUUCUGUCUUUCAAUCCAGAUACCAGUAACAUUCUGCAGACAACAUGCGAACUUGAUUUCCCGCCUCUCAAUCCGGGUUUGGCUCGCCAACAAAUUAUUAGCAUUAUGGGUCUCGUACGGGGUGCAUCCGAAUGGCCUCAGGGAAUGUUGGCUUCAGCGAAUGCCGGAAUGCCACCAACACCAAUUGGCCGGCCAGCUAGCCGUCAACUAGUACCAUCGCGACCAAUUGUACCUGUAACUACAACAAAUGGUACAACAAUUACUAGCAUGGCAGCGAAUUUUCCGGACUCAGGUCUUCUGCGGCCAAAAAAUGAUUUUACUAUCUCGGAUCAAAGUCUGGGAACAUUUGUUACUGUCGACAAUGGCUUCAGCAACCAGUACGAAAAAUGGAGCAUGGGACUUGAACCAGCUAACGGCUUGCAACUUCCCGAUUCACCGGAUCUGGAGCAUGAAAAGACAUGA